AAAAAACCUUAAGUCUGAGGUUGUGUCUAUGAAAAGGGUUAUGGUGGACAGCUUUGCAUUUGAAAAUCAAUUUCUUAAGAUAAAACAGCAAUUAGCUGAAAUAAUUGAUGAAAUAUCAACCAUUAAAUCAACUGUUGCUGUCAGGCAACCAACUGUUGCUGUCAGGCAACAGACACUUAAAAAUGAGAAUGAUGCUCCAGCAAAUACUUUAAAUUUUUCAUCUGCAACACAAGGUAAUAGUAAUACUUCUAAAAGUCAUUCAUUUUUAGCCUUGGAGGAACAGCUUAAGGGACAGUGGUUGACAAUAGGGAUUGUGAAAGAAAACUUUUCAAAACUACAGCAAGAUGUGACUGUUCAGUCUUUGAAAAGUACUGAGCAUUCUAAGAUUUUGCAAAGUGUUAUUGAGCAACAGAAAUAUAUGGAGGAGCAAAUAAAUUUAUUGCAUGCUAAACUGGACCCAGACUCACAGACACAACAUAAAAUUAGAAAGCAUUUCACACAAAAUAUUAGAAAUUUUUUAAAAGCUUUGAAACAUAAAAAAAAAAACAAUAGGGCAAAUAAAACCUUACGCAGAGUUAAGAAGUUGGAAUGUAGAGUUGCUAUUAGUUUAAGAAAUGGUAGAUCCUUCAUUGAAGAUAUUGUGGAGAAAAGAAUGCAGUGUUUGACUGAGAGUGUUGAGGAUAACACUUAUGACACUCAGCAGUGCUGGAAAAUGCUUGAAGAGAUUCAGGAAGCUGAGCACUAUUUCAUGGUAUGUACUAAUGAUAAUCAAUAUUGUCAUGGUACAAUCAAAUGUUUAAAAAUGUCUCUAAAUGUGUGCAUUUUAAUCAACUUAAUUCUCAAAACUUAUUCAAACUUAUAAAUCAUUUUGAUGAAAUAUAAUUUUUUAAAGUUAAAAUAACUUUUAAAAAAGUGAAAGCUAAACAGUUAUGCAUUUCAGACCAUGACUCUGGCCCUGACCCUGACACAUAACAAGUGACUCCAUUUAAAAGUGGAGUUAUGAAGUAAUGUUAAAACAUUAUGGUCCUGCAUGUAUUUAAGAAACAUAUUUUUAAAACUUAAAUUUCAGGUGGAUAGCAUAAACCUAAUUUUUGUCAAUUUGGAAUAUCAUCUUUAAUUAAUGUUUGAAUUGAUCCCUUGAAUUGAAAUCUAAUUCUUUUUUAAGGAUUCUUUAUGUUAAAAUUUACCAAUACUCUGUUUAACAGAUCAGUCAUUGUUCAUUUAAGACAGAGUAAUAUGUAUAUUUUAUAUAAAUUAAGAAAAUAGAUGUGUGGUGUCAAUCUCAUCCAAGUUGUCGAUGAUUCACAGACCUGGUGUCAUAUCAAGGUUCUGCUUUCAUAUCAAGGUCCUGGUGUCAUAUCAAAGUCCUGGUGUCAUAUCAAAGUCCUGGUGUCAUAUCUAGGUCCUUGUGUCAUAUCAAGUUUCAGACUCUGCAAUCUCUAAACCAUAAAAAAUAAAUUAUAUUUGUCAAUGCAGUGUGAUAGUUUUUUUUAUAAACAUCUUUUCACAGCUUAAUGGAGAUAAGGUCAAACUAGAAGACAAAAUGAGUCAAUUGAUUUUUGGACAAGAAACUUUAUUGGCUCUAAGUGAGGAGCAGAUGAACAGCAUUGUCAAAAUACAGGACGACAUCAGUGGAAAGGUUAUUGCCACUUUGCAACCACUAUUCCAUUCAUGCACAAUCAGCUUAUAUUUGCAAAAUCAACUAAAAUCAUGCACAGCUUAAUUGAAAAGAAAUAUUUAUAAAUAAAACAUACAAAUGAUUUUGUAAAAAAAGAAAUAUUUUAAUUUCUGUUGAGAGAUCUACCAUUUAUUUAAACCGUUUGACUAAGAAAAAUAAUAUGAUCAUAAAGAAUGACUAACGACAUUAUAUCUAGGAAAUUAAAAGUUAUUAUAUAUCGUAUAAACUUGUUACAGAGUAUUUCUGAAAUGUUUGGCUGGAAUUUUUCACACAAG